CAACAACACCCGCCUUAGAUGUUAUAUACACAGACUCCUGUAUAGAGUAAACUCAAUGAGACAAUGUGACCCCCCUCUACUCUGCUCGCUACCUGCUCCUCAGGUGUCAACACGCAGCCAGCUGAGGAGCGUCACGUGACGUGUGACGUGUACUAGCAGCAUGGCGGCGCUGAGCUGGAGCUGAGGCUGCACUGACACCACCGAUAGUAGCUCUGUCGUUAGCUUCCCGUGUGUCACCUGCUGACUCGCAGGGGCCAGGCCGAGGAUGAGGGCCUGAGAGAGAGGAGGAAGAGGAGGUGAGAAGACCGAGAGAUGCAGCAGCAACAACCACUAACACCACCACUAGCACCGCAGCAGCAGCAGCAGCAGUACAACCAUCAGUUCAAGGCAGAGAACAGUAAAACCAAGAGCAUGUUUCUGUCCCGGGCGCUGGAGAAGAUCCUCUCGGAUAAGGAGGUGAAGAGGAGCCAGAACAGCCAGCUCCGUAAAGCCUGCCAGGUGGCACUAGAUGAAAUCAAGGCAGAGCUUGAAAAACAAAAAGAUGGAACCGUGGUCCCACCCAGAGCCAACUACAUCGAGGCUGACAAAUACGUGCUGCCCUUCGAGUUGGCCUGUCAGUCAAAGUCCCCCCGGAUAGUUAGCACCUCUUUGGACUGUCUGCAGAAGCUGAUCGCGUACGGCCACAUCACAGGGAACGCUCCGGACAGCAGAACCCCGGGCAAGAGGCUGAUCGACCGGCUGAUGGAAGUCGUCUGCAACUGCUUCCAAGGCCCGCAGACCGACGAGGGAGUCCAGCUGCAGAUCAUCAAGGCCCUGCUGACGGCGGUGACCUCCCCUCACAUAGAGAUUCACGAAGGCACGGUGCUCCUCACCGUCAGAACCUGCUACAACAUCUACCUGGCCAGCCGCAACCUCAUCAACCAGACCACCGCUAAAGCCACGCUCACACAGAUGCUCAACGUUAUCUUCACACGCAUGGAGAACCAGGCUGCUCUGGAGGCUCAGGAGCAGGAGAAGGACCGGCUCCGUCUACCCCAGCAGAACCCGUCCCCGGUCCCAGGUAAUCGGAGGUCCGGCUCCCCCCGGUCUGACCGGACGCCUACUCCGGAGCCCCAGAGCUCCCCGUCCCCGGCAGCCAGUUCUCCAGACCUCACUACCACCAACGAGACCAGCUCCACUCCCCCACCGCCAGCCCCUGACCUGGACCCGGGCCAGGACCAGGACAUGGACCAAGCGCCCGACAAACCGUCAAUCAACGGAGAACCUGAGGGCGGCGACGCUCCGAUGAAUGGAGGAGGAGAACAGAUCACACCAUCGAGAGAUUCCGUUUUUGAAGAUGAAGGUGAUGGUGUAGAGACACCUCCUACAGCAGCUGAGGAAGUGGACAAACCAGAGUCAGGGGCGACUGAAGAAGAGGGAGAGCAGCAGCCAACACAGAUACACAUCGGAACAGGAGGUGAGCAGACAGAAGUGGCUCCCCCCAGAGUCAGAACGGAGGGUCAGCAGAUGAACGGCAUCAUCGAGGACCGCUCUUCUGUUUCCUCCACAGACAUGCUGGAUGCUGAGGCCCUGCAGGGACCCCACGGCGCCGCCCGAUUCUCUCACAUCCUGCAGAAAGAUGCCUUUCUGGUGUUCCGCUCUUUGUGCAAACUUUCCAUGAAGCCUCUGGCUGAAGGACCUCCAGACCCAAAGUCCCAUGAGUUGCGGUCCAAGAUUGUCUCCCUGCAGCUGCUGCUCUCCGUGCUACAAGGCGCCGGGCCCGUGUUUCGCACUCACGAGAUGUUCGUCAACGCCAUCAAACAGUAUCUGUGUGUGGCGCUGUCCAAAAAUGGCGUCUCCUCCGUACCUGAGGUCUUUGAGCUUUCAUUGGCGAUCUUCCUCACAUUGCUCUCUCACUUCAAGGUCCACCUGAAGAUGCAGAUUGAGGUGUUUUUCCGGGAGAUUUUUCUGACCAUCCUGGAGACGUCGACCAGCUCCUUUGAGCACAAAUGGAUGGUAAUCCAGACUCUAACACGCAUCUGUGCAGAUGCCCAGUGCGUGGUUGACAUCUACGUGAACUAUGACUGUGACUUGAAUGCAGCCAACAUCUUUGAGCGCCUUGUCAACGACCUGUCUAAGAUCGCUCAGGGUAGGAGUGGCCAGGAGCUGGGGAUGACUCCUCUGCAGGAGCUGAGUCUACGUAAAAAGGGUUUGGAGUGUCUGGUGUCCAUCCUCAAAUGUAUGGUGGAGUGGAGCAAAGACAUGUAUGUCAAUCCAAACCUUCAAGCUAACCUUGGCCAGGAGCAUCCAUCUGACAGUGAGGGAGGAGAGCUGAAGCUCCCAGAUCCGCUGGCAGGACGUCGAGACAGCAUCAGUUCACUAGACUCCACCGUCUCCUCCAGCGUGGCGGCUUCCCAGGCGGACCAUCCGGAGCAGUACGAGGUUAUCAAACAGCAGAAGGACAUCAUCGAGCACGGCAUUGAACUUUUCAACAAGAAGCCAAAACGAGGUAUCCAGUACCUGCAGGACCAGGGCAUGCUGGGUUCUGUAGCCGAGGACAUCGCCCAGUUCCUGCACCAGGAGGACAGACUGGACACUACCCAGGUGGGAGAGUACUUGGGCGAGAACAUCAAGUUCAACAAAGAAGUGAUGUACUGCUACGUGGACCAGUUGGACUUUUGCGGGCGGGACUUUGUCUCUGCACUCAGAGCGUUCCUGGAAGGCUUCAGGCUGCCCGGUGAGGCCCAGAAGAUCGACAGGCUGAUGGAGAAGUUCGCUGCUCGAUACUUGGAGUGCAACCAGGGACAGACUCUGUUUGCCAGUGCAGACACUGCCUACGUGCUGGCCUACUCCAUCAUUAUGCUCACCACAGACCUCCACAGUCCUCAGGUGAAGAACAAGAUGACAAAGGAGCAGUACAUCAAGAUGAAUCGCGGAAUCAACGACAGUAAGGACCUGCCCGAGGAGUAUCUAUCUUCCAUAUACGACGAGAUCGCGGGCAAGAAGAUCGCCAUGAAGGAGAGCAAAGAGUUCUCAAUCACCCCUAAGUCCACCAAGCAGGGUGUAGCCAGUGAGAAGCAGCGGCGUCUGCUGUACAACAUGGAGAUGGAGCAGAUGGCGAAGACUGCUAAAGCUCUGAUGGAGGCUGUCAGCCACGCUCAGGCCCCCUUCUUCAGCGCUACACACCUGGAGCAUGUCAGGCCUAUGUUCAAGCUGGCGUGGACACCCUUGCUGGCAGCGUUCAGUGUGGGACUGCAGGACUGUGACGACCCAGAGGUGGCUUCACUGUGUCUGGAGGGCAUCCGAUGUGCCAUCAGGAUCGCCUGCAUCUUCAACAUGCAGUUGGAGAGAGACGCGUAUGUCCAAGCCUUGGCCCGAUUCACCCUGCUGACGGCUAGUUCCAGCAUCACAGAGAUGAAGCAGAAGAACAUCGACACCAUCAAGACCCUGAUCACUGUGGCCCACACUGACGGAAACUACCUGGGCAACUCCUGGCAUGAGAUCUUGAGGUGCAUCAGUCAGCUGGAGCUCGCCCAGUUGAUCGGCACGGGGGUAAAGACGCGCUACAUCUCGGGGGUGGUCCGGGACAAGGACACCAACAUCAGGGGCUUACCCUCCGGCACAGAGGAGUUCAUGCCCCUGGGCCUGGGUAACCUGGUGGGAAGUCAGGACAAGAGACAGAUGGCUCACAUCCAGGAGUCCGUAGGAGAGACCAGCUCUCAGAGUGUGGUGGUAGCUGUGGACAGGAUCUUCACUGGUUCCACCAGACUAGAUGGAAAUGCAAUAGUGGACUUUGUGCGGUGGUUGUGUGCUGUGUCCAUGGAUGAGCUGGCCUCGGCUCACCAGCCCAGGAUGUUCAGCUUGCAAAAGAUUGUGGAAAUCUCCUACUAUAACAUGAACCGCAUCAGGCUGCAGUGGUCUCGAAUUUGGCAGGUCAUAGGAGACCACUUCAACAAGGUGGGCUGUAACCCCAAUGAGGAUGUGGCCAUCUUUGCUGUGGAUUCACUGAGGCAGCUCUCCAUGAAGUUCUUGGAGAAAGGAGAGCUGGCCAAUUUCCGCUUCCAGAAAGACUUCCUCAGGCCUUUUGAGCACAUCAUGAAGAAGAACAGGUCCCCCACUAUCAGAGACAUGGUGAUCAGGUGUGUGGCUCAGAUGGUAAACUCCCAGGCGGCCAACAUCCGUUCAGGCUGGAAGAACAUCUUCUCAGUGUUUCACCAGGCGGCCUCCGACCACGACGAGACCAUAGUGGAGCUGGCCUUCCAGACCACUGGACACAUUGUCAUGAACACCUUCCAGCAGCACUUUGCAGCUGCUAUUGAUUCGUUCCAGGAUGCAGUGAAGUGCCUGUCAGAGUUUGUCUGCAACGCAGCUUUUCCUGACACCAGCAUGGAGGCCAUCAGACUCAUACGACACUGCGCUAAAUACGUCUCAGAAAGACCACAGGCCCUGAGGGAAUACACCAGUGAUGACAUGAAUGUUGCCCCCGGUGAUCGGGUGUGGGUUCGUGGCUGGUUUCCCAUUCUGUUUGAGCUCUCUUGUAUCAUCAACCGCUGCAAGCUGGAUGUCCGGACCAGAGGUCUCACGGUCAUGUUCGAGAUCAUGAAGAGCUACGGUCUCACCUUCGAGAAGCAUUGGUGGCACGACCUCUUCAGAAUCGUCUUCCGCAUCUUUGACAACAUGAAGCUCCCUGAGCAGCAGACAGAGAAAACCGAGUGGAUGACGACGACAUGUAACCACGCUCUGUAUGCCAUCUGUGACGUGUUCACUCAGUUUUAUGAGCCGCUCAGUGAAAUCCUGCUGGCGGACAUUUUCACGCAGCUGCAGUGGUGUGUCAGGCAAGACAACGAGCAGCUGGCUCGGUCGGGGACAAACUGUCUGGAGAACCUGGUGAUUCUGAACGGGGAGAAGUUCAGCCCCGAGGUCUGGAACAUCACCUGUUCCUGUAUGCUGGAGAUCUUCCAAAACACCAGCCCUCAUGCUUUGUUGACUUGGCGACCAGCUGGACAGGAAGAGGAAACUGCAGAUGGCAAGCAUUUUGAUGCUGAUUUUGACAGCGUGUCACAGAGCAGCUAUGACAGAGCUCUGUCUGAGAGAGGACACAGCCAGAUGUCCAGCGACGACACCUGGAAGGGCAAGUCCAAUGCUAGAGUUUCAGACCAGAAGCUGUUUGCAGGGCUGCUGAUUAAAUGCGUGGUACAGCUUGAACUAAUCCAAACCAUAGACAACAUCGUGUUUUACCCAGCAACCAGCAAGAAGGAGGAUGCCGAGAACAUGGCUGCUGCUCAGCGAGAUGCUCUGGAAGAGUCGGAGGCUGAGGGAGGCGAGGCGGGUUCAGAGCAGGGUAUGUACCGACACAUGACCUCUGCACACCUCUUCAAGCUGCUGGAUUGUCUGCUGGAGUCACACACCUUCGCCAAGGACUUCAACUCCAACAACGAACAGAGGACAGCACUCUGGAGGGCAGGCUUUAAAGGGAAGUCCAAGCCCAACUUGUUGAAGCAGGAGACCAGCAGUCUGGCUUGCAGCCUGAGGAUCUUAUUCAGGAUGUACUCUGACCUUCAGCUGCAGAACUCAUGGCCUGACAUCCAGACACGUCUGCUGCUGGUUUGUAGUGAAGCUCUGGCCUACUUCAUCAGUCUGACCUCAGAGAGCCACAGAGAGGCUUGGAACAGCCUGCUGAUGCUGCUGCUCACCAGGACGCUACGGCUGCCCGAUAACAAGUUCAAGCCCCACGCUUCCUGCUACUACCCCCACCUGUGUGAAAUGAUGCAGUUUGACCUGAUCCCAGAGCUGCGGGCCGUCCUCAGGCGCUUCUUCCUGCGCAUCGGCUCCGUCUUCCACAUCGCUGCCCCCGAGGGGACGCCCGCCCGAACUCCCGCAUCCUAGACUGAGCGGGUGGAGGGACGGAUGGAGAACUGGAGAUGAGGGCGGACAUUGAUCACAGGUGGACACAUAGGAGACUUUUCCCCCUUCUUUUGGACUGCGACAGAUUUCAGAAGGGUGACAGACUGUAGCUUUUCUGUCUCAGUUCAGGAGUCUGCAUUAAAGUGUUCUCAGCCUGCAGAAAACGUCUUCACCCUGUCCUUCCUCCCUUCUUUCUCUCGGGGAUGAACAGCACUGUGACCAGCAGACCUCUCUGCUGAAUGUCGUCAUUCAUCAUCCCCCCCCCUCGCCCCCCCCGACUCUCAUCUCAAAGUGUGACAAAUGACAAGAAAAGAACUGUAAACAAAUAAUUUAUUGAUAUUGUACCUGAUUUUGAUGGUUUGUUUUGUUUUUUUAAUACUUAACAAAAGAAGUAUAUCUACAUGCUGAAAGCAAAUGAACGAUACCAUUGAAUUCGAUGAACUUUAACAUUUGCCGUUUCGCGAAGAAUCUCUCGGCCACCUGUGCCUGUUAGAAGAUGAUGAUGACACCAUCAGUGUCGCCCUUAUUGUGAGUUUGGUGAUCUAAUCAAAACAUGUUGUAAUAUCUGAACCCCUCACGUAUCGAUGCCCAUCCCAAAGCAUUGUUUGUCACUUUAAUGUCUAUGUUCCCUCUUGUUGUCUGUGUUAUUCAGUAGCAGGCUGUUAAAGACACUGAAGCGCUCAGCUGCAGGUGAAAAAGCAUCUCUACUGCAGCUUUGUUUGUGACGUCUGCUCUCUGGGACACAACCGUCCUGUCGUCUUUACAACUCCUUGUCAAUGAGAUUUUACUUAUUUAUUUUUGCUCACUUGCUUUAAUUUGUUUUAUGAUUCAUUUUCAGGAUGAUUGCUGGUUUACAAUGAAAGGUUGAUUGAUGGACUGGCUGCUUCCCUCUGCCAUGCAUUCCUUUAGAGUGUUGACCCAGUGAGCCUUACAGUGAGGGACUCAACAUGGAGUCAACUCGUCCUGGCUUUAGAAUUACAGCUGGCUCAUAAAAACGCCUCUAAUCCAUCAGUUGGCCCUAUAAAGUGACACAGUGGUUGUCUAGUUCCCUCUCUCUCUUUUGCACAUCUGUUACCGACAGUAUGCUCAUGUAUUAACACCACCCAGGGUGCAUCAGCUCGCUCUGGAUGGUCGGAAGGCCCAUCAGUGUUGUGUCACAUUCAACAGUAAGAGUUCAACCACAGAAAGGUUCAGAGAUACUGGAGUUCUCUGGAUCCUUCGCAGUUUAUUCCAUGCCUUUUUUUUAAAAAGAAGGAUGUAUGUAAUUAUUUAAAGUGCAUUUAAAUAUUUUUUGAGAAGCAUUCCUUCCCUCGCAACUAUGGAUGUCUACUUUUUCUUCCCUAAAGCUAGGGAAUAUAUAAAUAUAUAUAUGUAUACAGUAAAUGAAAAAAGCAGACUGUAAAGUUUUCAAUGUAAGAUACAUAGAAAUGAAAGUGCUAUACGGUUCUAUACAUAAUAUUGUGAUGUAAUCUUCCAAACAUUUGGUGAAGUAAUCAAUAAAUCUGAAUUCUGAUCCACUC